AAUUUGAGAUUUUUGAAAAGCUGAUACACUCCACCCAUGAAACAUUGACAAGAAAAGGAAAAAAGAGGAAUAACUGAAAAUUGCUAAACUUGUGGUCAGUGUAUGUGACAGGAAGUGCAAACAGUCUUAAAGAGUCAACAGUUCAGAGACUGUGACAGUCGAGAUCGAGAACAAGAAAGAAGUGAGACAGAAGCACGAUGGAUGAAUUCAGAUGGAUUCAAAUGUUUUCAUGUCUGAUGCUGAUGAUUCAGAUUGCAGUAUCUGUAAAUGAAACAUCCAUGUUUAUGAAAGUUGGAGGUGACGUCACUCUGCUUUGUCUAAAUGUGAUAGAUGAGCAGAAUAACUGUGAUGGUACUACGUGGACCUUUACUCCAAGGAACAGAGAAACAGCAGAGCUGAUCACACUUGGACAGAUUAGUACAGAAGCCAAAACUAAAUCAGACAGACUGAGUGUUACAGCGAACUGUUCUCUGCUUAUAAAGAAGCUCACAGUUGAGGAUGUUGGUUUUUAUUACUGUCAACAAUACAAAGUCGAGGAAACACCAUCUAAACACACUCUGGUUCAUCAGUCUUUGGUUGAUCUCUCUGUUAUUACCUUGACUGAACAUAAGGACACUGAUAUGGUGAAGUUAAGCUGCUCUGUGGUGACAUAUGGACAGUGUCAUCACACAAUGAAGUGGCUGCUUAAAGGUCAAGCUGUGGACAAAGAGAACAAAGAAACAGUGACUUCACAGACUGACUGCUCCACCACUGCGUCUUUUCUGGAGCAUCAUUACUUUAAAUCAUCACGUCAUAAAAUACUGAAGUGUGAAGUGACUGAUACUAAAACAGGAAAAGUGCAGCUGUUUACCUUCAGCCGUCAGACCUCAGGUGAGGAAACAGGUGACACAAAAACAACAAAGAAACCAGACAGAAAAUCAGAAACAACCACAACAAUUAAGACGCUUCUAAAAUCAGAUGAUACAACAACAAAAACUGUGGAAAGUGAAAGCACGACAGCAAACAACAAACCGUCAGGAGAUUCACAACAUGGUGUCCUGUGGUUCAUCAUUCCAGCUGUGGGUUUGGUCUCACUCUUGAUAGUUGUUGUGUUUUUCAUCAGAUGGAAGAGAACUAGAGGAAACAAAACACAGAUGGAUGAAGAUGCUGGACUGAGUUUAAACCCUGCAGAGACUCGGUCUGCUCCUCAAACCAGUCAGGACUCGGUGGAUCCUGAAGUUUCCUACGCUACCAUCAGCUACAACAAGACCACGAAUAAAGUUCAGGUUCGGGGUGAUGAUGAAGGUGAUGCAGUGACUUACAGCACCGUGAAGGCUCAUUCCUCUUCUGCUGCAGCCACUGCUGAUCCCAGCAGCCUCUACUCUACUGUUAGUUUCCCAGUCACAUAGUUCAAGUUGACAAAAAGGACUCGCAUUUAAGUUAAAGACUAAUUUUGUGUUUGCAUACAACAGAUUGAUAGCAACAUGCUAAUUAACAUAAACUAUUAGAUAGAUACCAUUAUUAUAACAAACAUUUGGUUUCAAAUCCAGAAUCACGUCUUUAUAUCCUCCAUUAAAACUAUGUAAAUAAAUGUAAAUAGAAACUUUCUUUUCUGUAUGAAAUCAGACCAGUGUGUUUCCAUAAUGUGAUCCAAGUGUGAAUAUCUAAAUGUAUCCACAUAAGCCUUGUAUAGAUAUUAAUGAUAUAGUUAUAAAUUUAUAUUUUACGAUAUUUUACAGGAAAAAACAUUUCUGCAAACAUUUGUAUAUUAUUAACAUAUUUGCAGCUUAACAAAAAACUAAAAGUUGUUCCUGGUUA